AUGAUAAACGCAGUCCUCGUGUUUAACAAUGCGGGCCAGCCCCGUCUGACAAAGUUUUAUACACAGCUGGAAACCAGUGUCCAGCAGCGUCUCAUCUCGGAGAUCUUCACCCUCGUUGCUAACCGCCCAAACUCCGCUUGUAACUUCCUUCCCCUCCCUCCCCUCCUCGCCUCCAGCUCCAAAUCUUCCACGCCCUCCACCCCUCACAACGACACCCCGUCUCUCGUGACCUACCGCCACUAUGCAACCCUCUACUUCAUCGUGAUCUCUACUUCCACGGAAUCCCCUCUCGCCCUCCUUGACUUCAUACAAGUCUUCGUGCAAGCACUCGACGGCCUGUUCGAAAAUGUUUGCGAAUUAGAUCUCAUCUUCAAUUUCGAGACACUGCAUGCCACACUAGGAGAGAUGAUAGUGGGAGGCGUCGUGGUCGAGACACAGCUUGACAAGGUGGUGCAGGCAGUAAAGGCGCAGGGGCGUGUCGCGAAGAGGCCAGUGAAUGAAGGAAGGAGUGGUGGUGGCGGAGGGGGAGGAGGUGUUAUGGGAGGUCUGACGUUUGGUGGAUUGGGGAGAGGCGAAGGCGUCUGGACUGGACGGUGA